AUGAGAACUCAAAGUAAAAACAAUCGAAUAGUUGAAGUGCGGGAAAACGCGGGCGACCACGUCGCGAUUGUUUUUAGUCUUGCAUCUGAGUGGUUAAGAGGAUGGUGCAAAUCUUCUGACCAAUCACAGAGCAAAGUAAGUAAAACCAAAGCGGUCUCGGAUUACCUUAGACUCUCAAUUGAAACUGAAUAGCUCCAAUAACAUGUGUGCACAGAUUGGUUACAUUAAAUAAAAAAUAUUCUCGGUUCAUCCUCUUCUUUUUGUUUGUUUGUUUUUUGCGUUUUUUAAUCUUAAACUUUUUACAUUUCAGAUGCAUUCCGUUUCAAUACUACUCAUGGUCCUUAUCCUGAGUUUCGCAAUCCAGAGGUCUGGAGCCGACUACGCGGCCUGUGCUAAUGAUUGUUACAGUACUUACAGGCAAUGUGUGGGAAUCUGCAAAGUGCCAGCGGAUUGUUUCAGUUGCUCAAACAGUUGGAGAAACUGCGAUGCAGGAUGUCGAAAGAAGAGAGAACUAGCGGCAAAUUUAGGGGCUGGGGUCUAUUCUAAAAAAGACGAAAAACUGUCGGAGUUUAGUUUGAAAAAGGCUGCCAGUGAAAAGCAGAAGAGAAUGUGGAACCUUCUAUUCUACCGCAGGAAACGAACAGCAUAAAUAUCAGGAUUAGCUUUGAGGGAGUGAGGGAGGCUUAAAUGUUUAUGUUAACCCUAGGUAGUUAAUUGAUAAUUCCAUUUACGAGUUUCAAUCGUAUUUUUCUUUGCAUGGUAGAAAUUUCUAAAAAUGAGAUAAACAGGCUGAGAGUAAUUAUAUCACAUUAGUAGAAACUAAUAAAGUUAGAGAUUGAAAAAAAAAUGGUCGAUAUUUGUAAAAUGAAAGAGAAGCCAAUUCUCCAAACUCAUUCAACGUUAACGCAAUG